AUGACCUCCACACAGACGGAUAGAUAGAUAGAUAGAUAGAUAGAUAGAUAGAUAGAUAGAUAGAUCGAUAGAUAGAGAGAGAGAGAGAGAGAGAGAUAGACGAGAGUCUGAUGAUGAAGUAAAGUUGGGUGUGUGUUGGGUGUGCUCCUGAAUUCUUCUCCCACAGCAGCUCUCCGGUGGCUCGGUCAAGAUGUGAGCGGAUGAUUUCUUCUGUUUAACACCGUGGACUUCCUAGGGACACAUCUCCCCCUUCCCGUCCCAUGCGCUGUGGGGCCAAUGGUUGAUUUGAAGGUGUAUUUCCUCUGGUCUGGAUUAGUUACUGAAGCCUGAUGAAGAACAAGGCUGCCAAGCUGAAGUCCAAAAGGAAGGGAACUGAGAAGGCAUUCGGCUGUGACUUGACCGAACAUCUGCAGAAUUCAGGACGAGACGUUCCUUAUGUUCUGAAGACUUGCGCAGAGUUCAUAGAGAAACAUGGGAUUGUGGAUGGAAUCUACAGACUCUCAGGAAUCACAUCUAACAUUCAAAAACUCAGACAGGAGUUUUGCUCCGAAGCCUGUCCUGACCUCACUAAAGAAGUGUAUCUUCAGGAUAUCCACUGUGUGGGCUCUCUAUGUAAGCUGUACUUCAGAGAGCUGCCCAACCCUCUCCUCACUUACGAACUCUACAGCAAAUUCACAGAUGCAGUGUCAGUUAAAGAGGAGCAGGAGCAACUCCACAACAUCAGGAGUGUCAUCAGAGAACUUCCUGUUUCACACUUCAGAACUCUGGAAUACCUCACCAAACAUUUGGCAAAUUUAGCUACUCUCAGUCACCAAACCAACAUGCAUGCUCGCAAUCUGGCUCUGGUGUGGGCUCCAAAUCUACUUCGCUCCAAGGAGGUAGAGGUGCCCUUCUGCAACGGAGAUAUAGCAUUUCUGGAGGUGCGGGUCCAGCAGUCAGUCGUGGAGUUCAUUCUCAACCACACUGAGCAAAUCUUCAACCUGGAUGUUCAGCCAUCCAAGUCCCGAGAAGGCCCCAGCACGGCGUGUGGGGAAAAGUAUGCCACUUUGCCUGCCAGCACACAUUCUGGCCCCAUGAAGCUCAUGAGUCUGGAAGAGGCACAGGCUCGCUCUCUCAGUCCCAACCAUCCAGCGAUGAGAGAGAGGCAAAGAGAGAACAGCCUUCCAGAUACCAGCGCUGCUGCAAUAUACCACACAGAAAUAGAGCUGUCUGACAGCAGAAGAAAAUUCUCAGGAAAAUCUAAGAAGUGGAAGUCCAUCUUCAGUCUUGGGCGAUCCGUCAUCGACUCUAAAGGGAAGCUGAGUCGCAAUGGGAGUGUGUUUAUGAGAGCCCAAAAUCCCUCAGAAAAACCUGUUAUAAGGCCGUCCAAAAGCAUGGACUCUCUCUGUUCCUAUCAGGCAGCAGGUGGGGCUAGAUCUCCAACAGAAGGAAGCAAUGGUAUCUCUAUCCCAAGUCUAAAAUCACGAACACUGGGCUCGGAUAUCGACUACAACCCAAACAAGAAGGAUCCAAGAUGGGACUCAGAUACUGCUUCGGCAGGAUGUGUGAAUGAGAAAAGAGAAAGUUCUUCCUCUGCAUCUCCACUGCAGAAAACUCUUCCAGAACAGCUGAAGGUUUUCAAAGGUGAUGACCGCAGCGGCUGCCAGCCCACUUCUCCCAAAAACCGUCGGAUGCUGUAUUCUGGUUCAGCCAGUAGUGGAUCGUCUAGACCAUCUUUUCCAGGCAGCCUGUUUCCGCUGGAGUCGUCGCCACGGCAACAACGGAAGGCCCUCAACAUUUCGGAACCCUUCGCUGUGUCUGUACCUUUGCGUGUGUCUGCGGUCAUUAACGCUAACAGCACCCCCUGUAGGGCACCAGGGAAAGAGCGGGACAGGGGUCUGGGGGGACUCUUUAAGCCCACUAAGGAGGCUGGACCUCUGGAAGCCCCUGGAGGCGAGAGUAUUGGCACUGCUGGAUUGAGAGUCCCCAGCAGAAGCAGCAGUGGGAACCUCACGUUCACAGACUGGGAGACGGGACUGACAGGUCACUCCAGCAGCACCGGGGUCAGAGGGCACCUGCUCAGUGACAGCAGCAGAGCCAGUAUCUAUUGCAACAGCAGCCCUUUCCCUGUGGAACAUGAGGAUCAGACUGGAGAAAGAGAUAUUACAGAUGCGCGCACGGUGGAGACAACAAAGAGUAUGACGAUUGGCAAGGAUGCAGAAGUGAGAGAGCUGAUAGCCAGCGUGGAGAAUUGUGAACCUUGGGUGACAUCUGAGACUAAAGAAACAGGGAAAGAAUUGGACACUACAUCAACACAACAAGAAAUGGCAAAACUGGACAAACUGGAAUUAAUCAAAAAGGUGCCAUCAUCUGGCAUGCAUCAGAAAGUUUCAGUCACCGAGGCUAAACCAAACAUGCCAGAUGAACAGGUGAAGCCCUGCUUUACCAAGAUGACUGGAAACGAGGACACUUGCAAGCUAAGUGCCCAAGCACAGAGAAGAAGUAGUUUGCCUACAAACACUGUGACGGUAAAGGGACUCUUUAUAGACCUUAGCAAAAAUGUGACGUUUGAUCAUUCUGGUGCUACUACCAUUAAUUCUGUCACGAGGCAUUUCCCCGAAAGAUUGUUGUCAUGUGAUGGUGGCUGGAAUUACUUGGAUAUUACAGAUGACAGGAGAGGCCACACCAGCCUAGAGUCGCAAACCCUAAUAACAACCAAUCUAGAACUUUCCCCAUUUCUCCACCUAAAGGAAACAGAUAUUCUCCAAGAUGCAGAGCCAUGCAGCGAAGAGGAACCAAGAGCAGAGUCUGCUAGGAAAGACAACACUCCCAAAAGUGACUUGCCAGGUAAUCAACGAAAAUCAGAAGUUCACACAUCUCUUCACUCGGACACAAAAGAGCCAUUGAUAACAAAGGAUAUUUGUAAAGAUGAGGAGGUUAGUGACGAACCAAAGAAACUCGACUUAGCAGAAAGAAUCAAGGGAAGUUUGGAAAGACUCUCGACUUGUCUGAAUGAACAACAUCGCACACUGGAAGAUCGUAAUCGAGAUGAUGUAGACACCCGGGGGAUUAAAUUGGAUCAGGUUGAACCAUGGGAAGACUUGAGUUCUGCCAAGCAGUGGGUAACCAGCCCUCUGCACUCGCCAAAACCUACGCCAUGUCAAGCACCUCACAGCCGAGUUCUUGAAAAACCAAAAGUGGAUGACUUGCCCAACAGCAAGAAGGCUGAAGCGGAAGAACCAGCUGUGCUUGAUGGCAUUACAGAGGCUGCUGUGAUAGCUGUCUGUGAACUUGGGAACAAAAAUGCAGGCACAGAUGUAGCUUGUUUUUCACAGAUAACAGAGCAUUGUGAGAGCAAUGACCUCAAGUGGAUGGGAGACAAAGACGACAGCAAACUUGAGAUUCCACAGGUUAAGAUAUCGAAGGCAUUCACAAAUCCAGAUGAGACGACUGGACUGCAAAACAUCGGCAAAGCAAAACAGAAACGCUCUUCUCCAUCUCAGAGAUAUCUUCGACAAACUUCCCAUGAGUCUGGCGUCGUGGAGAGGACUCGUCAAGACAUUAAACCCAAACUCAGGCCAUGCUCCCUAAACCUGGAUUUAGGACACCAAGGUGUCAGAGACCGUGUAAAACAUUCGUUUGCAUGGGAAUGUGAAGCCAAGCAUGAAAGCUCGUCUCUAGAGUUGGAGCUGUUCCUGAGUGGCUCCAAGGCACCUGUGCGACGCAACUCAGUGCCAGUCAGCGUGUCAUCAGUUCGCACGGCGUUCAUGAUCAAAACGUGCAAAGCUAAAGCUAUUCCUGUUAUUCCGCCAAAAAUUCAGUACAGCCACAUACCUCACACUCUACCUGAGGGGAGCACCGAUCAGGUCAAUCAAACUGCGCCUGAAAAGAAACCUGCUAAGAGCAAGUUGGGAAAAGCAGGUUCUGCGCCCCCCGUCCAGAGAGUCAAGGACCACAGGGAGGACCUGCCACGCAGUGAACCACCUUCAGCGCUCCAGCGACAGAUUCCCACGAACGAGAAUUGCAAACCCACCUCCGUUCCAGAUCUUCCAGUGUUGAGAAGGAAGCGGUCUGCAAAUGGAGACACCUUCAUGGAUCGUCCUCAACCUGAGCGCUCAUCGCUUCUUCAGAGAUCAUCCUUCAGAAAUCGACCAAGACCUCAGAGUCUCAUCCUGUUCAGCCCUCCGUUUCCCAUCAUGGACUACCCUCCGGUAGGAGACGACGGUAAACUGCUCUUAUCUCCGAUUAAAGCUGAAGCAUCACCAUUUGACGUCUAUGCAAAUGAAUUAGCAGAAAACCUCAAAACUGCUGAGGGGGUGACCUUGCGUAAUAAAAUGACUUUGCCAAAGAGUGGACAAAGACUUGAGACCUCAACCAGUUGCUUUUACCAGCCACAAAGAAGGUCAAUGAUAUUUGACAAUAGAAGUAACAGGCAAAUCGAGUAAGACUGACCUUUAUAGGCCAUCAUGCAAUAACUAGCACACUUCUUCCUUAUUAAAUGUGACCGAGUGUCAGUAUACUUUAUAGAAACACACAAUGAGGCUUGGAAAUCAAGGUGGCUUUAAUCCUGAUAAUACACAAUUGUAAGUAUUAAGCUUUGUGUAAAAUGCUGCUGAUACGGAUUCAGUUUGAUAUGAUUUUCUUGAUGUGGAUCUCGAGGUCUUGGUGUGUGUGCUGUUACUUUCUCACGAUUGGAAUAAUGUGUUUACAAUCAGAGGCAUUUGUAAAUUAUCUACACAUCUGCAUGAUAAAAUUAAGAUGCAUGCCAGCCAAAAAGAGAAUAAAACUAUUGAAGCAGUUCCAAAAAUGAAGAAAUAUCUAUAUAUAUAUAUUCCAUAUUGUAUUGUCUUUGCCAUACAAAUCUGUACUUCCAUUUCCACAAAGAGUAAAAAUCAAUUUGCACAAAUGUUUAGAGCAAAAGUCCAGUGCUAGAAGAUAGUUUAAAGGUCAAAGUUCUUGAAUAAUUCAAACAUUGUUUCGAGCUGUAUGUUCUUCUUUAACUGAAACAGUUUUUAAUAUUCUCAAGAAAUGUAUGAAAAAAUGCUUAUGCUGAGGUCUCAAGCAUAACAAUAUAUAAAAAACUGUCCAUGUAUUAUAUAAACCGUAAAUCAGAGAAGUUUUGACAAUGUAUUGUGAAGCGUGGACAAGGAUGAAGGAUCAAGAUCAUGAAGAUGUCACUUAUUGCCAUCAAAGAACACUAUCUUUGAAAGACGCUUUUUUUAUAUUCAAUCAAAUUGGAUUUAUUGUAUGUAUUCUAUUCUAUUCUUAACAACAUAAUAAAAGUAUUUCACGUGUAAUGUGUACACUGUGACAUAAGCA